AUGAAUUUUACUUCUACAUUUCAGGUCGGUUAUCUUUCAGCUUCCAUAAGAUCAGUGGCAGAUGCUAGGGUGGGUGACACUAUAACACAUUACAGCAGGAGAGCAGAACAAUCUCUGCCUGGAUAUAAGGAGGCCACUCCAAUGGUCUUCUGUGGCUUGUUCCCUGUUGAUUCCGACCAGUUCCCAGAGUUGCGUGAUGCAUUGGAGAAGCUGCAACUUAACGAUGCUGCAUUGAAGUUUGAACCUGAGACCUCAAGUGCCAUGGGUUUUGGUUUUAGAUGUGGGUUUCUGGGUCUUCUCCAUAUGGAAAUUGUUCAGGAAAGGCUUGAGCGGGAAUACAAUUUGACACUAAUAACUACUGCCCCAAGUGUUGUUUACCGAGUGAACUGUGUAAAUGGUGAUACUAUUGAGUGUUCAAAUCCAUCUUUACUUCCUGAACCUGGUAAAAGGAAAUCAAUUGAGGAGCCUUUUGUCAAGAUUGAAAUGCUCACUCCAAAAGACUAUAUUGGUCCACUUAUGGAGCUUGCUCAAGACCGGCGAGGAGAAUUUAAAGAAAUGAAAUUUAUUACAGAAAAUAGAGCUUCCAUCUCCUAUGGAUUACCACUGGCAGAGAUGGUAGGAGAUUUCUUUGAUCAGCUGAAGUCCAGAAGUAAGGGUUAUGCUAGCAUGGAGUACUCUUUUGUCGGAUACAAGGAAAGUGAUCUGAUAAAGCUUGACAUUCAGAUAAAUGGUGAUCCGGUGGAACCUUUGGCAACUAUUGUACACAAAGAUAAAGCAUAUGCUGUGGGAAGGGCUUUGACUCAAAAGCUUAAGGAACUUAUCCCACGUCAAAUGUUUAGAGUACCUAUCCAAGUAAGAUUUGUAUCUCUAUUUGUUAGAGGACUUGACGCUCCUCUUUAA